AUCUAAUGUGAGGAAUUUGUAUAAAGCUUUUGUAAAGAUACGCCAAAAUUUUGCGCGAAAAUCGGAAAAUUGAGAAAAAUUGUACAUGUGUACUUCAAAGUGCAGUUAAUUGAUGCAAGAGGAGUAAGAAGGAUAAACAAAUCGCGCGAUCUUUUUUUUUCCCGAGAUUAUUCCGGUGCAUUCUUAAAGGGACUCGACAGUUUUAUUUGAUUCUUGUGUUGUUUUAUUGUUGUUAAAUAUUUUUUUCAAAUGUGCGUGCGUGUAAUUUGCUAUUAUGAAUGACGCGAACGAGAUUAUGAAAAAUAUAUACGACGCUCUGUUACACUUACGAUAUUCACAUAUUACGAAUGCGGAAUUGAAAGAUGUAGAAACUACAGUUCUUUGUGGUGAAAAUCGUGUCUGUUUGCUUUCCUGGCUUCUGACGGAAAAAGUGCCUUCUAUUGCCGUUCAUUUAAAAAAACUACAAGAUGGUGUUUUGGAAGAUAAAUUGCUUGAAUACUAUUCUCAGAUUGGACUUUGUUGCAGCAAAAAUGUUUUAUUGGGUAAAUGUUCCUUGAAAGAGCAAUUGCCAUUUUUAAGAUUACUACUUGAUUUUAUGAGAAAAGUACAUGUAGAUCCUUAUGUAAAUACUAGUAAAACACAAGAAAAAACACUUACAGAUAUUAUUAAGCUAUAUAUCAAUGACACGGACCAUGCUGUUGAUAAACCAAAAGUAAGUUAUACAGAUGCUAUUAAAUAUUUUAAAAAAUAUGAGAAAGAGACUGUGAGUAAGACUAUCAAAGAUGUUCAAUCAAGUUUGUGUGAAGACGCGCAUGUAGAGAAUGACAAUGAAUUAGUCCAUACAGAACAAAAUAUGCAAUUUGAUAAGGAACAGGAAAAAUUGAUAGAAGCGUUUGAGACAGUUUCAUCUUGGCCAGUACAAAAACGAAAUAUAGAUGAAAAUAUUUCCGAUUCCAUUUGUUCAAACAUUACAAGCAUAAGUUCUGAUUUUAACACUUUGAGACAGGUGUUGCAAGCAAAAGAUGAAAUAUCUAAAGUAAAUUUAGGAACAGAAUUUCAAAAAACUACUACACCCUUACAUGCAAUCAUAGAAGAUAUAGUUAUAUAUAAUGAGAAACUUGAUAAUUUAUUGACAGCCAAUAAUAGUGAUUAAUUUUAUAUAUUUAUAUUCGUAUUAGUUCUAAGUAUAUUUAAGCACUGUGUGUGUUCUAAACAUUUGUAAUUGCUUGUAAUAUAUGUGAAGGAUAUGUUUCAAUUUUACAAUUUUACUAUAAGAGAGAAUAAUUUUUUUAAUUGGAGGAGAAACACUUUA